AUUCGCAUCGAGGCGUAAACAUGGCGACGUCCACCGCAGCGCGUGUUUUGUGCACGUCUGUAAUUUUGUGCGGUUGUGUGCAUGUGGAGUCGCUGUUCCUUGCUUGAUCGUUCAGUUUUCGCGGAAAAAUGGGUGAAUCGAGUCCCAGCAAUGGAUCAGACGAUCCACUGUGCGACUUGCGGUCACGUCUGGAAGCCGAAAACGAUUACAUGCUCAAACUAGUCGACACGAUUGAGCCCAAGUACUACUUCGAUCAAGACACUGUUGACACCUUGACCAGCGAAGUGCACCAAAAGGUCGAUGAAAGAGUGAAAGCUUCAAAGAGAAUGCAGAAAAUGUCGGUGCAUGGCAAGCACAAGCUGGCACGACUGGACCCUUCUACCUUCAAGACGGUGAGCCAGAUACUUUGCGAUCAGGGGCUGGAACCAGGAGGCCUCACUGAAAAGCAGUCGCUGAAGAGGCUGAGGAGAGCGCAGAAGAAGAAAGCGAAAAUGAGCACUCUACAUUCUGUGGCCUUGGACAGAGCAUCUAACCUGGACGAGCUUAAACACCGUCUUAGUGAGAAGAUUGAAGCACUCAAAGGUAUUCGCAAGACUCCUGUAAUCCAGUCUCGGGAAGAGCGCAAGGCCAAGAAGUUAGCCGAGAAGAAGGCGGCCAAGAAGAACAAGAACAAGGGACCCAAAGCUGCCAACGAAGACUCGACGGCUCCUGGCGGCAACUUGUCCCCGAAAAAACCGGCGCCUGGGAAGCCGGCACCCAUCUUCAACCGGGAAGGCAAGAUGGUGUUCAGCAAGUUCGACCUGGCUGACUCCGGGAUUCCAGACACGGAGGAGAAGAAGAAGGCCUUUAAGUCUGCGGCGGCGCGCAGCAACCAGCCCAAGAAGCUGAUGCACAAGCUGGAAGUGGAGGCCAAGAAGCUGAAGACGCUGGAGGAGAGAGACCCCGAACAGGCACAGGAGCUGAAGCAGAAGAAGCAGUGGCUCAAGGCCAUGGACAAGGUACAGGGAGUCAAGGUGAAGGACGACCCUGAGUUGCUGAAGCGGUCGAUGAAGCGGCAGCAGAAGCUGCGUCAGCAGAGCCAGAAGAAGUGGCAGGCCCGGGUGGAGAGCACAACGCAGAAGCAGAAGGAGCGCCAGGACAAGAGGAGGGAGAACAUCAAGGCACGCAAGCAGGCUAAGCUGCAGACCAAGAUGAAGCGGCUCAAGAAGAAGGGACGCAUCAUCCCAGGCUUCUAGGUUUCCCCGAGGAUUCCAAAUUGCGCUGUAAAUAAUAAAUGGUUGGUGCUCGUGGCACCUUUGUCUUA